AUGCCAUCAAACGAAGGCCAGGUACCAGGUCCAGAGAACCGUGGAUUGAGUACCAGACCAGGAUCCUCCACUGAUACAUUAGCUCUUAUAGAUUAUAGACAGCUGUGGGUCUUAGGUAUACAUGUAUCAGUAUUGCCCUCUAAUUUGUGGCCUGACAAGAACUCCCUCAGCAAUCACGACAAUUUUAUUUGUUUGUAUGACAAUGUGCCUCGAAUCAUCACUGACAUUUUGAAGAAUGGAGCCCAGUUGGCAAUCAUUUCUUGCAACAGGAGUAAAGCCCUGUGUGACAGAGCAUUGUGGUACUUCAAAGCCAUUGAUCCAAAGACCUGUGAAAAAAAGUCAAUCAUUCAUAUGGUAAAAUAUGACGAGGUUGUCAACGGUAAUUAUAAAGAGUCGACAUAUUCUUCAUCGCCUGACUUUGGUUUCCAAGAGGAACGCACGGCUCACUUUGAGAGGAUACAGGGAUGGUCGGGGGCAUUGAACUAUGAAGGCAAUGCAAGAGGAUCAGAAGUCCUUAUCUUGGCCAAAAUCCAUCCAGAUAUCCUAGUCAACCUCCUCAUGCAAGGAAAGAGUCGGGUUGACCUCAAGGAAUCUGCGAGGUGGGGUUAUGCAACAUAUAUAACUGAUAACCCAACAAUUUGUUUCCUUGUGCUCAUCUCUCGUGCAAGAGCCAAAUAUUUCAGCGACUGGAUUAAGGCUGACACAUUUAGUGCUGAUACAAACACUUGCAUUUGUGAGAUGUGGAUCAGAGACAAAGACAUAUUUGACAGUCUCGGAAAGAUCUGGGUCCCAGAGCUCAGGUUCAUCAUGAUGAACAACAAGAACUGGAUCCACCAACAUACAGCAUGGAGUCAAGAAGACCGCGACCAACUCGUUUUGAGAUGGGGGGUCGAUCAACUGGAGGAGAGAAUUCAAUGCAACUUUGUGACGUACAAGAGCCAGAUCAAGGCAUGGAAUAUUACUGUUCCGCCGGAUACUUGGGCCAAUUUCCAAAAUGCGAAAGAGGAUUGGAUUAAGCCAUAG